AAAAAGUCUAAAAAAUAUAAAAAUGAAAGGUAUAAAAGGAGGUCGAGUGAGCAACUAGGGUUUCACAUCGCCGUUGGGUAACAUUUCAUCUCCAGAGCGCGAUCGAACUCGGAGGAGGAAGAAGAAGCAGCCGCCAAAAUGCCUUCACACAAGACAUUCAUCAUCAAGAAGAAGCUCGCCAAGAAGCAGAGGCAGAACAGACCCAUCCCUUACUGGAUCCGCAUGAGAACCGACAACACCAUCAGGUAUAACGCUAAGCGUCGUCACUGGCGCCGUACCAAGCUUGGAUUCUGAGGUUCUAUGGUUACUUGGUUUAGUUUUUUGUUUUCCUUUCAAAGAGACAACUUUUGUUUUCGAGUUUUUAAUGUUUUGAUUAUUACUCUUUAUUGAGAUCAGUGUUUGUUAUGUAAGGAAGUAGUCGUGGUUUUUAACCACGAUUUAACUUAUUCAGUGAUUAUGAUAAUUUGACUCAUGGUUUUA